ACAGCCGGGCGGCGCCGCCGGUCCUGAGUGCGCUGGGCGCGGGGCUGUAACGGUAGCGGGCUGACUUAAAGGUCUCCACGGUCCGUCUGGAAUUCGUCGUCACUAGCAUUUAGGACAUUUGAAGACGGCGGCAAAGUUUAUCUUUAAAGUGUUCCAGCGCCCUCGUGCGCACACCCCGUAAGGGGCCUUCCCCCUGUCGUCCUGCCGCUUCGGAACCCGGGCAUCUCCGGCGGGCUGAGCACUCGCCGCGGGGCCCGUUCGGAUCCUGCGGGGAUGUAAGUCCCACCCCGACGCCCACCCCAAGCGAGUGAGCCGGGAAGCCUGCACGUCCGUCAUGGCCCUCGUCACGGCUCACCUGGGUGGGGCUCACUAUAAAGAAAUCCUGAAGGAGCUAGAUGACUAUUAUGAGAAGUUUAAACGUGAGACGGAUGGCACCCAGAAGAGGCGAGUGCUGCACUGCAUUCAGAGAGCCCUGAUUCGGAGCCAGGAGCUGGGCGACGAGAAGAUCCAGAUUGUCAGUCAGAUGGUGGAGCUGGUGGAGAACCGGACCAGGCAGGUGGACAGUCAUGUGGAACUCUUUGAGGCGCAUCAAGAGGUCAGUGACACCACUGGCCACAGUGGCAAAGCCGGCCAAGAUAAGUCCAAGAACGAGACAAUCACGCAGGCAGAAAAGCCCAAUAACAAGAGGUCCCGGCGACAGCGCAACAACGAGAAUCGAGAGAAUGCAGCCAAUAAUCAUGACCACGAUGACAUCACCUCAGGAACGCCUAAGGAGAAGAAAGCAAAAGCCUCCAAGAAGAAGAAGCGCUCCAAGGCCAAAGCGGAGAGGGAAGCGUCCCCCGCAGACCUUCCCAUCGACCCCAACGAGCCGACGUACUGUCUGUGCAAUCAGGUCUCCUAUGGAGAAAUGAUCGGCUGUGACAACGACGAGUGCCCCAUCGAGUGGUUCCACUUCUCCUGCGUGGGACUGAAUCAUAAACCAAAGGGCAAGUGGUACUGUCCCAAAUGUCGAGGGGAGAAUGAGAAGACCAUGGACAAAGCCCUGGAGAAGUCCAAAAAGGAGAGGGCUUACAACAGGUAGUUGGGGGACCUCGCUGAGCGGGAGAGACAAGACGGGCCCGUGUAUUUAUUCCAUCGCCACCUCUGGGGAGGCACAAGGACUGUACAGUGUAUAUUUUUAAAGAAUGUUAGAAAAGCAGCCAUUCCUUUUGUAGGGAUGGCAGUGAUUGUCUUUGCCUUUUGUUUUCAUUGGUACACAUAUGUAACAGGAAAGUGGUCUGUGGAUCAGCAUUUUAGAAACUGCAAAUAGAGGUUUGAAUUAAACACUCAAGUGAGUCUCA